UGUUAGGAAAUAGUUUGGAAUUAUUGGGAAAAAUUGUAAAAAUUGUAAAUCGUUUUUAAUUUUUAUUUUUUUAUUGCUGGCGCAAAGAAAUGGCCGCCAUAGAAUCCGUUUGUCUUGCCGGCCUAUUGCAUCUCAUAUUUCGAUUUGCUUUAUAUAUAACACCGCAGUCGAAGCUAAGGACGCCCGGUCCCGUAAUGCCCACGGCCAUCGUCUUCCUGGCGCUAUUGGAUGUCAUCUACGAUAACCGUAUACUUCCGCUGCGCUUCAACGAUAUGUCGCCGGGCUUUAAGUACAUUUUCGAGACGAUUAUGGCCGUGUUUAUCUUGGAGAUGGGAAUGCUGAUCUGGCAGUCGAUCGAGCACUCCAUUUACUUGUUCGCCAAGGGCACACUGCUCGGCCUGGACGUGGUCUCCAAGCAAACCUAUUAUAAGCAGGAGAACCUGAUCAUUGGAGCCUUCACCCUGCCGCUGUCUCUGGCUAUUUUAAUCGCAGCCGCACAGGCUACGGAUCACUACCAGAUGUUCCGCCGUAGAAUCGCAAACUAGAGAAAUAUUGUGCUGGCUGGGAAUAAUGGACAUUGUCGACGUUAAAGUGAAUUCAAAACCUAUAUAAGAUAUACUUUGAGAGAUGUAUUCGAAUCAAGAACGGGCUAGAGUUGUGCUUUUUAUGUUGAUUCAAUUAAAACGGUUUAUAAUAAUUAAAACG